AUGACCCCCAAGGAAGGCACGGGGGUAACCCCAUUCCACCUGGUGUAUGGUGGUGAAGCGGUCGUCCCGGUCGAGAUUGGAGUCAAAUCCAAUCGAAUACAGCACUACAACGAAGAAAACGCCGAGUGGAGGCUUCUGGAGCUGGACUUUGUAGAUGAGACGUGUGACAAAGCAGCCGUUCAGCUGAUGGCCUAUAGGCAGAGGAUGACACAAAACUACAAUCGACGAGUGAUCCCGAGGUCGUUCCAGGUCGGCGACCUUGUGUGGAAGAAGGUGAAGCCGGUCGACGACACCAUUAAACUAGAAGCUCCGUGGGCCGGACCAUUCAAAGUCAUGGAGAAGCUUCGCUCGGGCUCCUACUACCUAGAGGAUGAAGACGGAUGA